AUUCCGCAAGCUUCCACAAGGUUCCGAUUCCGAUUCCGGUUCCGAAGCGGAAAGCGGACGUCCGAUGAAGCUUCCGUGCAACGUAGAUUAAGACCGACUGAGAUUACUAAUGGAAAUUUUAAAAGUUGAUUUACAAAAAUCAUAUAUAUUUUUGAAUUUUGGUUCAAAACUUGCUUUAUAAAAACAAAUAUUUCCUGUUAUAUUUCAUUAGGUCCCGGGACACGUAUUUUCGUAUAGAGGAUGGGGUUUCCAUCUAAUUUAUAUUGUUGUGUUCAAAAACAAAAACACUCCCUUCGAUUUUUGGCCCAAAAAAAAACGCUCCCUUCGAUUUUGUUUUUAUUUGUUCAAAUGGAAAAGGCCCUUACGUAGGAAUUGCUAAUUGAUGAAUUGGAGCUAUCAAAACGUUUCCAUUUUAGGUAAUUAUAAAGAAUACUCGAACAAAAUAAUAUAGAGCGUAUUGGUUUAUUGUCACUAUAGACCAUCCAAAAAGCCAAAACUAAAAAAAGAGCACAAACAAAAAUAUUUCGUAUCAUUGACAGUUCCGGUUUUUUUUGACAUCUCAUGGACAAUUCCACUAAAAUAUAUAUUUUUAUGUAUUAAUAGUGUAUAUCAGUGCAAUGAUCACGUGCAUACGUCAACGAAAUCUUUAUUGUAUUUAUCCCAAGAAAACAAUUGUCCCACGACUCAGUUAUGAAAAAGGAUCUGUAUUAUAUUUAUUAUGAAAAAGAAGGAAAAAAAAUCUGAAUUGUAAUGAUUGCUCUAAUUUUCUAUAUAUAUGUACAGAGGGGUCAGUCGUUUUGGUAAAGCUUUGUCUAACCAUAAGUUGCGAAGACGAUUGCUACCAGAAACUUUUAGCAUGGAGAGUGAAGUUCAGCGACCACUAGCCCAUUUUCCAGUGAACAUCUGGGAAGAUAUCUUAACGUGGUUCUCAAAUUCUGAUCUUGCAAGUGAUACACUUAAAGAGAAGCAUAGUACUCUAAAGGAGACUGUAAAGGAGUCGUUUAUUGCUUCCCGAGCGAAUCCGAUAGAGAAUAUCAAGUUCAUCGACACGCUAUGUCGCCUUGGUGUCUCCUAUAAUUUUGAAAAGGAUAUCACACAGCAACUGGAGAAGUCUUUUGAUUCUCUUGAUUUUAAUCAGAAAAUAAGACAAGACGGAUGUGAUUUCUACACGGUUGGAAUAGUUUUCCAAGUUUUUAGGCAAUUCGGGUUCAAACUUUCUGCUGAUGUGUUUAACAAGUUCAAGGACGAGGAUGGGAAGUUCAAAACACACUUAGCAGCAGAUGCAAGGGGCACGUUAAGCUUAUAUGAAGCUGCACAAUGGAGUACUCCUGGAGAAGACACUCUUGAUGAAGCUCUCGCUUUCUCAAAGGCUCAGUUAGAAGAAAUUUCUUCUCGAUCUAGCCCUCAUCUCGCAAUACGCAUCGAGAACGCCCAAAAACAUCCAUUUCACAAAGGCAUCUCUAGGAUAGAAACGAGGCAAUAUAUCUCAUACUACGAGGCGGAAGAGAAGUGUGACGAAACAUUACUUGAGUAUGCAAAGAUUGACUUUAGUUUGCUGCAAAUGCUGCACCGCCAAGAGCUUUCCUGUGUAACAAGCUGGCACAAAGAAAUGGAAUUUGAAUCUAAGAUAACAUACACAAAACAUAGAGUAACCGAGGCGUACUUGUGGGCACUUGGAACAUACUUUGAGCCUGAAUAUUCUCAAGCACGAGUUACAUUAGCUAGUGUAGUAAUCUUACUCACAGCGCUUGAUGAUAUGUAUGAUGCGUAUGGCACAGGAGAUGAACUUGAGCUUUUCACAUAUGCAUUGGAAAAGUGGCUUCCGGAGGCCCCUAAAGGGAUACCUGACAGCAUGAAACAUCUUUACCGUGUCACAAUAGAUUUCUAUGAUAAACUCGAGGAGGAGCUUGAGAUGCAAGGAAAGUCAGGUUGUGGCUCACAUUUUAAGAAAUCAUUGAAAUCAACAGCCAAUGGAUAUAUGCAAGAGGCGAAGUGGUUGAGAAAGGAUUACACUGCCAAAUUUGACGAGUAUAAAGAGAAUGCUAUCUUGUCUUCCGCAUACUAUACCAUGAUGGCCAUGACAUUUGCGGGAAUGGGAGAUUUCACGAAACUUGAUGCUUUUGAAUGGUUAAGCUCACAUCCUAAAAUAAGGGUAGCUUCUGAGAUAAUAUGUCGAUUCACAAAUGACAUUACCAGCUACGAGUUUGAACACAAGAGGGAGCAUGUAGCGACAGGCAUUGACUGUUAUAUGAAGCAAUUUUGUGUUUCUAAGGAACGAGCCGUUCAAGUAAUAACGAACAUUGUUUCAAAUGCUUGGAAGGACUUGAACCAAGAGCUAAUGAGGCCUCACUCAUUUCGUUUCCCUUUCUUGAUCAGAAUUCUUAACCUUUCGCGUGUCAUCGAUCUUUUUUAUAGGUAUACAGACGCUUACACCAACCCCGAGUUCUUGAAAGAGCACAUCGUAUCUUUGCUCAUUGAAAAUAUCCCCAAUUGAGAAUAUUCUGGUGGUGGUGAUUAUACCAAUCUAUGGAAGUCAUACUGAUCCAUUACGCAAACCCAAUGAUGGCCAAAUUAAAUUUUCGUAUUAUGACAGUUGAACUUUGUCACUGUCCACCAUAUGUUGUUUGUAUUUUUCAACCCAUUCCUAAAUUUAUAAUUAUUUCUGCUACAUUUGUACUUAUUUUUAAUAGUAAAAUAUUUCCUAUUUUUGGCUGGUC